AUGAAAAUAAAUAUGGAACAUUCAUCGGUUGAAUUAAAUGAUUUACCUGAUGAGAUUCUUAUGAUUAUUUUGAAAAAAUUGUGCAAUGUCGAAGUAUUGUACUCUCUAAAAGGUGUUAACAAACGACUCAAUGCAGUUGCACAUGAUUCAAUUUUUACAAAUCGCUUAACGUUGAUGAGACGUGUCUCAGAUCAUUGCACCAAUCCAUUACCUGAUGCAAUACUUGAUCGAUUUUGUUUACAAAUCUUACCUGAAAUUCAUCAUAAAAUCAAAUGGCUUAAUCUUGAAUCAUCAAGUAUGGAACGUAUUCUUCAUGCUACAAAUUAUCCGAAUUUAUACGGACUUGGUUUAUAUGAAUUGCAUAUCCGUUUAAUGUCGUUCUCCGGCUGUCUUUAUAUACUUGAUGGACGUUUCAAUAAACUUCACACACUUCAUGUUGAUGUUACGAACAUUUUUCCUUCGGAUUUUCCAAACAAUAAUCAGGAAAAAUUAUCUAUACCUAAUAUAAGAUGUUUUUCAUUAUACUGUCAAGACAUAAUAAAUGUUUAUGAUGAAUUAAUUGUACCAUAUCUACAACGAAUGUCGAAUUUAGAAAAACUCACUUUGAAUCUUGCUACUUUUGUCAAAAAUACAUUUGUUGAUGGAAAUGAAUUGAAUCAGAAUAUUGUUAGUUAUAUGCCGCGAUUAAGGAUAUUUGAAUUUUAUAUUUGCUCAAACCAUUAUCGUCCUAAACAAAUUUAUCUACCAUCAAAAGAAUAUAUUCAACAUACGUUCAGAGAUUUUAAAAAUGAUCAAGUUUCUUCUUAUAUUGAUUAUUUCCAAGAAAAACAAUUUAGUUUAUGUCAUAUCUAUUCAUAUCCUUACAACUUAAAAUAUUACUAUACUAUAACAAAUAAUUUUCCAGGUGGAUUAUUUAAAUAUGUUCAGGAAGUAUCACUAUAUGAUGAACGUUCUUUUGAACAUGAAUUUUUUCUUCGAAUUCAAAAAUCAUUUCCAUUUAUUAAAAUAGUAUCUAUAAAAAAUUCGAAACCACAAAAUAACAAAUUAUGCAGAGAAUCAAAGAAUGACAAUCAAGAUUUUUCGAUCAUUAAAUAUCCCUAUCUUAUUAAUCUUACACUUUAUAAUGCUCAUGAUGAUUAUAUUGAAGAAUUUCUAGUUGAUACGAAUAUAUGUUUACCGGAUAAUUCUGUUCAUAUUAACAUUGAUUAUGAGCAACUGGAAAGAGUGACACACAAUUUUACAAGAGAUUCAACUCGAAUCAAUUGUGCAAAAUUGGAUUCCUUAUGUCUCAAUGGUCAUCGACUUCCUGAAUAUGCAAAAGACUAUUUUCCACAUGUAUAA